GAGGCGCCACGAGGCGGCCCGCAGCGAGGAAAACGCCGAGAGGGCCCACGGCGAGCUCCGGGAGCACGAGGAGCGGAUGGUGCGGGAGCGGCUCAUGCGCUUCAGCCUGCAGGGCGAGCCGUGCGGCAUCUGCUGCGAGGAGUUUGCGGCAGGCCAGGCGGUCCGACUCGGCUGCGACCACGGGUGGUAUUGCAAGGAGUGCAUCAGGAGGUUUGUCGAGGCGCGCCUGGAGGCCGGCAGCGCCGGCGGCAUCCCGUGCCCGAGUUGCGGCGACAAGAUCUCGGAGGCAGACCUGAUCACCCUGCUGCCGCCAAAGGUCUGCAUUCGCCUCCACGCCCGUGCCGGAGAGCAGCAGGCCGUCGCGUCUGGCGCACGCGCGUGCCCCACCCCGAACUGCACGUGGCGCUUCCACGACUGCGCCUCCGACCGGCAGACCUGCCCCGUGUGCGAGGAGGAGUCGUGCCUGCUCUGCGGGGCACAGCCCUACCACGAGGGGCGCACUUGCGAGCAGUACAAGGCUGGGCUCGAGGACCAGGACAUGUUUGAGAGGUGGAUCGAGAAGACGGGCUCGAAGCAGUGCCCGACAUGUCACAUGGUGACAACCAAGGAAAAUCUGGAGAAGCAGUCUCAGCAGCGUGUCGAGUGCCACAAGAUGCUCUGCCGGAACUGCAACACCAGGUGGUGCUUCAAGUGUCUGGCCGUGCUCACCGACACGUACACCUGCGGGUGCACCAUCGACGCGCACGGCUUCAUCGACCCCGAGACAGGGAAGAUCGUGAAGCACCUGAAGCGGGGGGCCAAGAGGAAGGGCUCCUGAGGACAACACUGCCUUCUCUGGGGAUGCGGGGCUGCCAGCGUCGCAGGCUGGUAGGCCGCCGCCCUUUUUCCUGUAGCGGGCGAAGAGCGGUGUAAGAUGAACUGUUCACGUCCCCGACUGCGAACACGUUUACUGUAUACCGUUCGCCGCCCGUCAAUUCCUGGAGGCCUGCUGGGCUCGUGUUGCGCGGUGGCGGAUAUACUGCAGUUGCAUGCUGGGAGCCAUGCCUUUCUGGGGGCGCGAUGCUUUAAGCAUCUAUGUCUUCGCAGAGGGAUCUUCAAGGAGCAGAGGGCUCGGGCGUCAGGGUGUGUGAUGCGUCGCUGGCUCGCCAGGGCCUGCGGCAGGAGGUCUCGGGGCGCACCUUCCCGCGCGCAGCGGCACGGUGCAGGGAGCCUCCAGACGUCGACCGGGCGCAGAGCCCUGCCGCCCGCGCGCGCACGGGGGGGGAGGGCCCCUCGGGCGCACAGCGACCUGUGCAGCCUGCAGUCCUGCUGCGCAGCCUCGGCGCAGCAGGGCUCGCCCGUGCCUCUGCACCCUGCAGCCGGGCGCGCGGGACAGCCAGCCUGCGCCACGGGCUGGUCGCCCGGCGUGCAGAAAGCGGCGGACGCCGCCGUGCCCCUGGCCGCCCCCUCCGCACCGCGGCAGGGGUGGGCGCCCGAGCGCGCGCGCUCCCUCGCUCGUGCGCCUCGAUCUCACGGCGUGGGCCCGCUCACCGCUGAGGCCUGGGCCCGUCGUGGGGGGCGAGCCGGAGCUGCGUGCCGUUGC